AUGGAUAUAAACUCAAAUCAUAUUAAAAAAAUCAAUGAUUUUAAAGAUAAAGGAAAUAAAGAAUUUAAUAAAGAAAAAAAUAAAGAUAAAUUAAAUAAAAGAGCAAUUACUUAUUUUCAAUUAGGUAUUAAAUAUUUUAAUGAUGAAAAACAUAAAAUUGAAAUUAAUGAUCAAAUUAAUAAAUUAAUUUCAAUUUUAUAUUCAAAUCUAUCACUAAUGUACUUGAAAGGAGAUGAAAUAAUAUUAAGUUUAGAAGCAUCAAAUAAAAGUAUAGAAUUUAAUAAUCAAAAUUCAAAAGCAUUUUAUUAUCAAUCAAUUUGUAAAAGUUAUUUAUGUGAUUAUAAAGGUUCAAUGGAGUCAAUUGAUAAAGCAAUUUCAAUUUCAAAACAAGAUGAAAAAGUAGUUCAACAAAGAAAUAGAUUAAUUGAAAUAACAAAUAAUAAAGUUAAAGAAGAUGUCUAUUUUGAAAAUGUAUUGAAGAAUCAAAAACUUGAAAAUGUUGCCUAUGAAAAUUCAAUUGAAAAAGGUAGAUAUUUAAUUUCAAAAAGAUUAAUCAAAAGAGGUGAAGAAAUACUUAGAAUUGCUCCAUUUUCAUUUUCACUUAAUGGAAAAUAUGUAUCAAAGUUUUGUGGUGUUUGUUAUCAAAAGAAAUCUAUUGAUAAUUUAUUAAAAUGUAAAGAUUGUGAUGACUUUGCCAUUUGUAAAGAAUGUAAAGCUCCAAAUGAACCACUUUCUAAAUACCAUCCAAACGAUUUAUGUGUAUUAUAUAAACUUAAUAAUGAAUAUUAUAAAAUGAACAAUUUUGAAAUUGCUAAUGAAGAUAAUAAAGAAAGAGGAUUAACCGAUGAACGUAGACUCUAUAUUAAUACAAUAUACAAUAUAUUUAAAAAUAAAACAAAUAAUAAAGCGGUGGUAGAAGUAGACAAUGCAAUAUCUUCAUCAGUAAUAGAUGUAUUAAACUUAUCAAAAAAAUUACUCAACCAUACAAAUGAAUCACAAAGAGCUUAUUCAGAUUCAACUAAAAUGAAAACUGAUAUUUUAGAAUUAAUAUUUAAAAGUUUUUAUGGUGCCAAUACUUUAAAAAAAGAUGAAAUUUCAAAUAUUAUUAGAAUAGUUGAUUGCAAUUCUCAUGGUUACUCAGAUGUAAUAAGCCAAAAGAAAAAAGCUAGUGGUUUAUAUCCAUUCUCAUGUUAUACAAAUCAUAGUUGUAUACCAAAUUCAGAUUAUUUCAUAGAUAAACAUGGUGUUAUGGUACUUUAUGCUUCAUCUGAUAUACAAGAAUCUGAAGCAAUAACAAUUUCAUAUAUCUAUUUUUUAAAUAGAGUUGAGAAGAGAAGAAAAGACUUAUUGAAUGGACAUAACUUCUUUUGUACUUGUGAUCAAUGUAGUUUCCAAUCUUCAUUAACUGAAGAAGUAUGUGACAAAUGUAAUGAGAUUAUACCAAGUACAAUUGGAAAUUCAAAUUUAGUAUAUAAAGAACCAAAAUCAUUAAAAGAAACAGGAUUUAAUUAUAUCUGUCCAAAAGGUCAUACAAAAAGCUCAUUAGUUUAUGAUAUUGAUAAUGAUCAAUUAUACCCAACAAUUGCUGAGAAUUAUUCAAAAUGUAAAGAUUUAAGAAACUUUAGAAAAAUAAACAUUUUCAAAGAAAUGUUAGAGAAUCGUGAUUUUGUAAAGAAAUUGACCCCUCGGGAAUUUGAGGUUACACCACUUGCAAAAUAUAUUGCAAAUCCAAAGAAAUCAAAUUCAAUGCUAUUUGAAGAAUUAAUUAAUUUAGUUAGGGGAUCAGUGGAAUGUGGUUUAACCAAAUCCAUUGAAGAAUCAAAUUAUUCCACUUAUUUAGUAUAUGAUUAUUAUGAUCUUUAUAAAAGUUUAUUAUUAGAAUCAAAACCACAAAUCUUAAAAUUAAAUUCCAUUAGGGAUAUUAUUAUUAAAUUACUUACUCCCAUGGUUUACAAUCAAAAUAAACCAAGAAUUGAUAAAAAACUUAACAAACACUUAUCCAACAAAAUAAAUUUAAAAAAAAAUAAAUAA